AUGCCGCUGGGGAAGAAAGUUCGCCCUUCUUCAGCUGCUGGGAAACUAGAGAUUCAGAAUGUGUCCAGCAUCCUUGCUGAGCUGGGGAGUGCAGGAGAGCGAGGGACUAAGACGUCGGGGCCAGAGCAGCGGGGAGAGAGAUUGGCCCCUGGUGUCGCGAGGGUGUACCUGGGGGCCUUGUCAGAGGACAGGCCACCUCCUAAGUGGCUGGAGCGUGAGCUACUGAGACAGGAGAACCGCCGCCACUCUGUAACCCUGGGAGACCAGGUCAAACUGAGGUCACGACUGCUCUACAGUGACGAUCCCACACGCAGCUUCAGCAAGCUUAAGGAUGAGUUCUGUACGUACAUGCAGUUGGAGUACACAGAGAAGGAGGAGUCAGCGUGGCGCAGCAAACAGGUGGCUUUCUCCCUGCCUGCCACGGUCAGGGCCCUGUGCCACGGAGAGCCCGUUCUGCGCAUCCACUCCACCCCCGAUGGCACCAUCGUCACCGUCUGCGAGGACGGGGCUGUCUACUACUGGAGCCCUGAGCUCAACCUGAAGAGGAGCAAGAGCGUGUUUGUAUGCUGCGUUCUCCCGUCCACCAACAUCGAGCAGCAGAUGAGGGAGAUCAGGGAGGUGUGUCGGGAUGGGAAGGCCAGGAGGGCCCUUUCUAAUAACAAUGGGUCUCCUCAGCCCCGGGCACCAUGUGACCAGACCGUCUUCCCCGUCUACAAGGGCGUCAUGACCUUUGACCUCAGCAAACAGCACAACCUGCUGGUGACCGGAGGGAUGGACAGGGUGCUGCGUCUGUGGAACCCAUACGUCCCUGGGAAGCCCACAGGUGUGUUAAAUGGACACUCUGCUCCCAUCUUCUACCUCUUCAUCUCCUCAGAGGAAAACCGUAUCUUCUCUGUCUCUAUGGACAACACUGCCAAGAUCUGGGAUAUCCAAGACCAAAGCUGCCUCAUCACAGCCCACCCCAAAGCCAGCCUCAUCCGUGGAGACACCUCUGCAUGCCUCUAUUCUCCCUCCACCAAAGCACUGUACAUCGCAGCAGACUCACUAGCGCUGCUCUCUCUCAGGACCAGGCCCCAGCCCCAGGGACAUCUGAUCGUGUCUCACAAGGAACCUGUGUUGUGCUGCGGCUAUAGCCAUGAGUUCAGACAGGUCGUCAGCUGCACCGAAGGAUCCGUGGUGAAGGUGUGGGAUUUCGACACAGGGAGCCAGGUGUUUGAAUUUGGUGGUGCCCACGGACAAUCUGCCAUUACCUGUAUGACCUUUGACCCCAAAGGAAGGAGACUGGUCACUGGGGGGAGAGAUGGCUUUCUAAAGAUCUGGAACUUUAACAAUGGUCAGUGUCUGAAGAUACUAAAAAAGGAUGGGGAGUCCAACGAGGUGUGUGACUGCACCUACCUGACAGUCCACAGAAACACGUAUGUGAUGUCUGUUGGAUGGGACCGCAGGAUUGACAUAUACUCUGAUUCACCAGACGAGCCUCACCACAUCCAGAAGCCUCAGCCCUCAUGGCAGGACGAUCUGAGGAGGGGCCACAUAGAGGACAUCCUGUGUGUGGCCCAGUGUCCCCCGUCCCUCCUGGCCACCAGCAGCUACGACGGGGAGGUCAUUGUGUGGAACCUGGUCUCUGGACACAUCCAGUGUCGCUUUGCCAGCCGUCUGCAACCUGACUGCUGCCAUGCCCAAGGUCAGAUCACACUAUCAACCCUGAGCGGUUCGCCUGCAUGCCAUAGAGUGUAG